GUAUGAGCCACCGCUGCCGAAGCACUCAGCGUUCAAAAACUUGUGAAACGCUGCAUGUCUAGAGAAAUUUACUUUUUUUAUGAGAAUAUAAAUUUUUGUUGAGGUGCUGUUUUUCAACUCUAAUCCUUCUACCGAGAAUGAAACUAUUUAGACAUUAAGAUGCCAACAGAUCACGAGCAGCCCUGUGGUCCCAGGCACAGGUCAUUUUGCCUGAAUGGGGGGAUUUGUUAUGUGAUUCCUACUAUCCCCAGCCCAUUCUGUAGGUGCAUUGAAAAUUAUACAGGCGCUCGUUGCGAAGAGAUUUUUCUCCCAAGCUCCAGCAUCCAAAGCAAAAGUAACCUGUCGGCAGCUUUCGUGGCCCUGGCAGUCCUGGUCACUCUUGCCAUCGCGGCGCUCUGCUUCCUGUGCAGGAAAGGCCACCUUCAGAGGACCAGCUCAGUCCAGUGUGAGAUCAGCCUGGGAGAGACAAGCAAUACCAGUACCCGGCACAGUCACAGAGAGCACUGAAGAUAUCCCCAGUGAAGGGUAUCAUUACCUGCAAACACAGACGGUGGACCAUACAACAAGAGAAGGAGCAGUACCACAAGGAGGACCUGAGCUCUAAAAUAUAUCAACCGGUAAAUGCUGAAGGAGCCUGAUUCUGACGUUCUUAAAAACAAUAAAUCCAAGUUUUGUUCUUUGACUGCCAGCAGAAUUAUGUUUAGUGAGCAUCUUGGCAAGAGCAAAAUGGAAUGAAUUGGUAUACUGGCAAUUCCUUUUCUUUUGUAUGUUUUUGAGACAGAGCAUCACUUCUUAGCCUUGGUUGGCCUGAAGUCACCAGUGUAGAUAAGGCUGGCACUGAAUUCAAGAGACUCACCUGUUUUUGCCUACUCAGAGUUAUGGGAAUUAAAGGCAUAACACCACCACCCCUCUUGAUUCCUCUAAUUUCUCUUUAAAAACCUAAAAGUAACGAGAACCUGAAAUCAUUUCCAUUCACCCAUGGGAGAAGAGCAAUGUACUCAGACUUACUUCUCACAAGUCAGCGAGGACAAGUUGUCCACCUGGCCUCCAGCCAAGAUGAUAUUCAUAUUGCUGAAAGUGCUGACCACCCGAUGCAUGUAGUUACUGGCUCCCAGCUUACAGCAGUUAUAGCCAAAGACAAGGACCACACGAAGUUCAGGGUUGUCCAGGAGACCUGCGGAGAGAGAGGUGAGGGAGAGAGACAGCCUUCAAACAGCAGCAACUGUUGCUCCUGCUGACUGGAACUCCCUGUGUGGUCUGCAGUGCUGAAGCGCUCAGUCUGAGAUUGCUCAAGUCUUAGUUAUAAUUUUUCCAUUAAUAAAACCUAUAUCUUUUGACUAUAAUAUGCCUCACAUAAGCAAGGACACUUUACCAAGUGUUGCAGAUGUGCUAGAGUGAAUAGCAGGUCCACAUCUUAAUUCCACGCUCACCAGUGACCUUGUGUUUCUCAGAUGUGGUCUGAAAGCGGCUUCCACCACUAGCAGGCAGCAGAGCUCAAGAGAGCCAGUGACCAUCUCCUUCCCAGAGCUCCACCUGAGCCUCUGGAACCGAUCAGUAUUGAACAGGAUGACUCCACUUAACUCAGCCACAUGGCUUCCACAGCAGUAAGGCCGCAGCAAGCCUGGAGUGCUGGGAGACUGUGUCAACUAAGAAUCAAGAAUCCAGCACAUCGACCUGCGACCUCCAGUUUUAUUUUAUCGAAUGUUAUCCUGUUCUGCAUCUCAGGAGCGCCCCACAAGUCCAGUUCAACUUUAAGGACAGAGCUCCUGGAAAGAUGACAUGUGGCCUUCCUCUGCAGGGCCCACAUUCACUUUCCCUGUGUGUCUCUCAACACUGUGCUGAAACUGACAUUGAAAACCUCCUUUUAAUAAACUCCAAUUCUACUUUGCAGCA